AUGAAGAGAAAGGAGCGGGAGCGUGAACUUGAGGAGAGGGCGGAGAGGUGGAGAGCAGCUCCCUGUUUCCAGAGGGAGGAGUGUAACAUGACAGGACUAGACGAAGCAGAAGGUGUGAUUGGCAUCGCCUCCGACUGGCUCGAACUCGACUCACCAGACGACUGGGUCCGACACGACUGCGAGAUCGCGCUAAGGCAAGAACUCGCAUACGCCUCGUACCUAGGUCUAUCAAUUGUCGUACUUCCUCCACCGCUCGAGCGGGCUCACGCAGCAUCAUACGGUCGAACUCUCCGCGCGUGCUUCGAUAACUCUCCGUAUAUGCAGCUUGCAGUUCGACUUCCAUUGUACGACCCAGCGUUUCUUUCGUCUGCGCAGAAGACGAGUGCCACUGGGAGUAAUACGCCUAUACCUAUCUCACCUGGUUUACCAUCGAGCCCAGGACUGGCCCAGGGUAUAAGUCCUAUAAGCCCAGCAUUACGGAGUGCAUCGUUAAAGGCACCACCAGUUGGAGAACUGAGUGGGGCCUGGGAGGCGUGGGAUGUCAUACGUACGAUUUGCGGGUAUAAUCCUAGGUUAACCUUGGCACUGGACUUGACUUUACCACUCCCUUCCACCCGUGGAAUCCUUACUCGAUGGUCUGCCGAGCCGGUAUCACAUAUCUUCCUUCCCGUAUCGACGUUUAUACCGAACGCAAAGGGUUAUCCUGUCCUUCCAAAAGGAACACAGUCAUUCCUGCAGACCAUGACGCGUAGCCACCCAACUAUCGUGUUAUCUGGCACCGGCACCGGCACACGCCUCCAUCCCAAAGGCACAGAAGACAAAUACGUAGACUACAUUCGAUACCUCGAGAAAAGCUCACCAUACACCCGUCGGACGAAAGAAGCGAACACACUUGAGAACUACGCACAAGGGUAUCAGGAUUAUCUUCAGAUGCCGUUACAGCCUCUGCAGGAUCACCUUGCGAGCAUGGUAUAUGAGAACUUCGAACGCGAUCCGGUAAAGUACCAGAAGUACGAGGAGGCGAUCGUCCUUACUGUUGCUGGAGCUGGCCGUGGACCUCUUGUUGCGCGAUCGUUGAAAGCUGUCAAACGUUCGGCGCGCAACGUAGUCGUCUAUGCAAUUGAGAAAAACCCAAGUGCAUACGUCACGUUACAACAACGACGAGAAACCGAAUGGGAAAAUAAAGUGACUGUACUGUACGGUGACAUGCGGCACUUGGACGUACCUGAAAGAGCAGACAUUCUCGUCAGCGAGCUAUUAGGGUCAUUUGGAGACAACGAGCUAAGUCCAGAAUGUCUAGAUGGUGCAAUGCGAUUCUUAAAAGACGACGGCAUCUCAAUCCCGUCUUCCUACGCUGCUUUCCUCGCUCCCAUCCAAUCCGCAAAGCUCCAUCACGAAGCCGGAGGAAGCAAAGACACAAAAGAGAAAGAUAGGGAGAAAGGUCUUGAGACUCCGUACGUCGUGAUGUUACAAGCUUUCAAUUUCCUCGCGGAAGAUACUCCUGGACCUGGACAUGGUGGACGAUGUAGAGAUAGGAUUCAACAAUGCUGGGAGUUUGAACAUCCGCGACGGGAGGCGGUGUUAGAUUCACGAGGUCUCCCGUUGACAAAUAGCCAUAACGUUCGUUCGGCAUCGUUAGCGUUUGCAAUCCCACACGCGGGCAUCCUACACGGAUUCGCAGGGUACUUCGAAGCAGUGUUAUACGAUAACAUUGGGUUGAGCAUCCAUCCCGACCGUAAAGACCACAUAUCAAAAGACAUGCUCAGUUGGUUCCCUUGUUUCUUCCCAAUCAAAGAACCGCUUUAUUUGCCGAGCAAUGCAGAGCUCCGCAUCGAUAUCUGGCGCCUCACAGGUUCCGGCAAAGUAUGGUACGAAUGGUACGCGGAGGCUUUCUUACCUGUUCUACUUUCGUCGUCGACGAGCGGCCCGUUUCCCUCUCCGCCGCAUUCCGCACGAUCUACGGGUUCUGGUCAGAUACCGGUUCCGGCUCAAGCGCCACCGUCACCUUCACGUUCACCGUCUAUGUCCACUCUAUCCACUCAUCCUCCUCCAACGCCUACGCCUACACCACGAGUGAACGGAGCCGGGUCACUCAUCGCUUCUCCUGUAGCUCAGACUGCCUCUCCGGGGCCUCGUGCGCGAUCACCUCUUCUCGAUGCAGUUGAUCUGAGCUUCGGUGGGCCUGGGACACCUGACGUGAGGCUUGGCCAAGGAUACGGUUUCCCUACGAGUGGAGUAGGAGUAGCAGGAGGAGAAAGCCAACAACAGGAAUGCGAAGCGAUGACUGGGGUGGUGAAAAUUGGGCAGACGAGUUUGCAUAACCCUGGCGGACGCAGUAGCUGGUAUGGAUUAUAA